CUCCAGAGGUUUAGAAAUAAAGUAGGGCUGGUGUCUGACUCGAAAUUUGGGCUCCAGGGGUCUGAGCAGACUAGGCUCAUGUGUGGGACCAAAUGUCUCAGGAUCCGACACGGACUUAAGAUCCGACCUAGCUACCUGGCUGGUACGACUUUGGACUUAAGAUCCGACCUAGCUACCUGGGCUGGUACGAUCCAGGCUUCGACCCAGGCUUCGGGCCCAGGAUCUGACUCAUUGCUGGGUUCUGACUCAAACGCCAUUUUAAAAUCUUGUUUUUAUUGAAUUUUCUAAAAAAUAUUUUUCUAAAUUUUUUUUAUUUCUAGCUAUUUUGAUAUACAUAUAAAGCUACUACUAUUAUUUUUUUCAUCUUUAUUCUUUCAUCUAUAUAAAUGAAAGAGGAAGAAGAUAAACAACAACAACAAAAUAAUUCUUCUUCUUCUCCAGCUUCUUUUGUAUUAUUCGACACAAAUAUUGCUUCAACAUCAAAAAUUAUAAAUACAAAAAUUGAUGUGGGACCAAAUGUCUCAUCCAAUUUUGGUGAAAAUAAAAAUUCUUUUGACAACGAAAAUGAACAAAAUUUGAAAGAAUGUGGACAUAAACCAAUUCAAAAUGGCGUUUUAAAUGAAAUUGUGCAAUUUGCUGAAGAAAAUGAAAAAAUUUUACUAGAGGAAAAUAAAGUGGACGACAAGGAAGAGGCGAGUGAUGGGACAAAAAUUGAAGAUGCAACAAUUAAUGGUGAUCAAAAUUGUUUUAAAACUCCAGCACUUCCUUGCAAUAAGAAGCCACGUCCAUUAAUUAACAAUAAUAUCAACAACAAAAAACGUUGCAAAUUGGAUGUAUUAAACAAAAAUCAGCAACUUAAAAUACUUCAAAAUAAAGAAAUUUCAUCAAUUAAAUAUACAAAUGAAGAAUUAAUUAGAGAAUAUGUCAGCAUUGGCAAACACAGUUUUGUCUGUCCACGUUCUCAACAAGCUUUGGCUAAAAAAUACCCAGGUUUAAAUUUGCGUAAAAAAUGUGUUAAUUACUGUGACAUUUCUUCUUCGUCUUGUGCAAAAAUAAAUAAUAAACAAAAUGCAAUAGAUAUGGGUGAAAUUGAAGAAGAAGAAGAAGAUUUUGAAGAAGAAGGGGAAAAAGAAGAAAAAACAAAAAAUGAACAACAACAAGACGAAAUUAAGAAGGGAGAAGAAGAAGAGGACUUGAUUAAAGAAAUUGUGAUUGAUGAAUUUUCUCUUUUGCUCUUUCAUUCAAUGGAUGAUUUUUUGUUGUUGAAAAAACACGAAGAUUGUUUGAAGCAAAUGGAAGAGGAUAAAAAGAGAAAGAGGCGUUAUGAAGAAGCUGUUCGUGCUGGAAAAAUUAAAAAGAUGGGAAGAAAGCGAAAGGCUGAAAAUGAUUUGAAACGAGAAAAGAAGGAUAAUUCUGAACAACGUCAACUUGCUCGAUUAGAACGAAAGGAAAGAAGGAAGCGUGAAAAGGAAGAAAAUCGCCUUCGGAAAAAUAAUAAAUCAAUUAUUUCAACAACAGCAACAAAUGAAAAUUUGCCAAAUAAUUUGUCGUCAAUUUCUACAAAUGCUGCUUCAACACCUACGCCUUUUGCUAAUAAUAUUUGUAUGGAUGAUGAUAAUGAUGAGGAAGAAAAUAAUGGAGUAAAUAAAACGAUUCCAUUAACUGUUGUGAACAACAAUAAUAAUAAAAAAGAAAUAUCGUCAUCAUCAUUAUUAAAUAAUAAUAAAAUAACUUCAAGACGUGAACAACAACGAAUUGAAAGGGAAGCUAAAAAGAUUGAAAAAGAGCGUUGUCGUGAAGAAAAGAAACGUUUAAAAAUGGAGAAAAAAGCUGCUUUAGCUGCUGAAAAAAUUGCUGCACGUCAACAAAAGAAGUUAAAUUUUCUUCCUUCAUAUAACGGCAAAUUUAUUGAUGGUUCAACAACAACAUCACUUUUAUUAUCACCAAAUUCUGAUUUAAUUAAAAAUAACAACAAUUUAAUUGAUGUUCCUUGUACAAGUACAGGCUCCUCGUCUUCCUCAAAUUCACUUUUAGACAAAAUAAAAAUUGAAAAAUUUGUUGUAGAAAAUGAAAACAACAACAACAAUUUUAAUUUGUUUAAUAAUGAAAAUGAUUUUUUGAGGGAACAAUCAAAAUUAGAAAUGAAACGUCCUUCAGCUACUAUUGGUAUUGCUACUGUUCAUAGAAACGGUUUAAUUCAAUCACCAAUGGGUUUGAAUAAUAAUAAUUCGUCAUUGUUGAUUAGACAACCUCCUAAUAAAAUGGCAAAAUUGGAAUCGGAUGAUGGAAAUAAAAGUGGUAUUUUGAUUGGAAUUGCUGUUACAUCGUCGUCGACAUCAACAACAACUUCCUCUACUUCUACUACUUAUCAACAACAACAAACUCCUUCACUUUCAGUUAUUUCAAGUAUUGAACGUUCAAAUAAUAAUAAUAUUGAUAAUAAAUCGACAACAAUUUUACAGCAAAAUAAUAAUUUGUUAUUUAAUAAUAUUAAAAAGAAUAAUGAUUGUGCAGGUGGGGGAGGUGGAGGAGGAAUGAUUGAUGGUCUUUCAUCCAUUUCAAAUGGUGGUUCAUCAAUUAAUUUACAACAAAAAUUGUUAUCUUCCUCACAAGAAUCAUUACAACAAGCAUUACAAAAAAAUCCAGAAUUGGCAUUUAAUUUGCAAUCCUUUGCUUCUCUAUAUUCCAUCGACCCAGUUUUAAUGGCUCAAGCAGCGUCAAAUCUUUCAGCAGGGUUUCCUUCUCUUCAAAAGCUAGCCCCAACAGAUCUCCAAAGACUUGUCAAUAAUCAAUCUUCUUCAACCUUUCCUCAAGGCUUGCCAUUAGCAUCACAAUUGGCUGCUUCUUUGGCUGCCUCCCAAACAUUAACAACCACAACAACAACUUCAAAAUCUCAUCAAAAUAAUUUGCCUCAACAACAACAACAACAAAACAUUCCAUUUAAAAAUCGUCGUUGGUGUAAUAUGCAUGCUGUAAUAGCCCAUGAAAUUGCUAAACACCAAGCAAGUACAACAACAAAAAAAUCAUCCACCUCUUCUUGUGUUGGGCGUGCUCCUUCCACAAAUUCCACCUUAACAACAACCCCAACAAUCGGAAUUGCUGGUAGACAUGCUACUUUUUGUAGUGGUAGUGGAAGUAGUGGAGGUAGUGGUGGAGGUGGAGGAAAAAUGGAAAGAAAAUCUGGAUUAGCGGCAUUACAUAAUACAUUACAACAGAGAGGGAAAAUUAACAACAAUCAAAUGAAAAAUAACAGCUAUAUACAACAUCCUCAAAAUCCAUCAAAUGUUUCAAUAACGUCAACUCCCCAACAGCAGCAACAACAAUUUAUUCAAUUACAAGAACAACAACAAAAACAGCAACAAUUACAACGUUCAGGCGGAAAAACAGUAAUUAAUAGUGGAAAUAUUGUUGCGUCUCAACAACAACAACAACAGCAAAAUUUGUCUUCUGCUGCUGCUCCUUCUCUAUUAAAUUUACAACAACAAUUAAAUUUACUUUUUACGCAACAACAGCAGCAACAAUCAAAUCAACAGCAACAGCAAAUGGCUUUAAAUGAAUCUCUUCUGACUUCCACAAUUUUGUCUCGCCUACAAAAUAUUAAUAAACCAUCUUCUGAUGCAAAUAAUAGUUUGCUUUCUGCUGCUGCAUUAACUGGACUAUUUCCUCAACAACAACAACCUUUUGGGGCUCCAAAUUUAAACAAUAAUUCUCUUUUGGCUGGAUUAAAUUCUGGAGGAGUCAUAGGGGGAGGACAACAACACCACCAACAACAUCAACAACAAUUAUUUGGUGGUUUUCCAAUACAACCAUUAGGUCCAGGAACAGGGUCAUUAACAAGUGGUAAUAGUGAUGCUGCAGCUGCUGCACAAUUACAACAACAAGCAAAUUUAUUAAAUGCUUUACAGCAACAACAUAAUGCGUUGAAUUCGAAUUCUUUGGCAGCUUCUUUACUUGCUCAAUUUAGUGGAGGUGGAGGAGGAGGAUAUUCCAAUAUAAAUAACAAUUCAUUCAAUAAUUCAAAUAAUUCUGGACUUUCAACAUUAGCUGCUGCAGCAGCUAUAGCAGCACCAGUUUUAGCACCUCCUUCUAUUCCUCAACAACAACCACCACCUCCAGCUCUUCCAAAUAAUUCAUUAAAUUCGUUGAUGUUAAACAACAAUAGCAAUUCGGCAAAUUUAUUAUCCUCAUUAAUGAUGUAUGAAAAUGGAUUAAAAAAUGCUUCAAACAAUAAUUGCUCACAACAGCAACAACAACAAUUGAGAGCACUUGCAUUGCUUCAACAACAACAACAACAACAACAGCAAGGACAGCAAGGACAAGGACAGCUAGGAAAUCAGGGACAAGGACUUCAGCAAGUACAAGGACAAGGACUUCAACAAGGACAGGGACAAGGACUUCAGCAAGUACAAGGAGGACAACAAGGACAUCAGCAACAACCCAACAAUAACUCUUCCUCUUCAUUUUCUUCUUCCGCAACAUCAAUACCUUCAUCCUCUUCCUCAACGUUUGCUUCAUCAUCCUCCUCUUCCUUGUCAACAUCUUCAAAUUUGAUUUUAAAUCCUCAACAACAAUCAAACUUUAAUUCUUCUUUAGACUCUUCCUUGUUAAAUUCUUCCUCCUCAAUUUUACUUGGAAAUAAUAAUCUUCAAUCUUCCAACAAUAAUUUGACAAAUUUAUUAUCACCACCAACAAAUAAUAAUAAUUUUGCUAAUGAUUUAUUAUUAGCUGGAAGUGGUGGUGGUGGUGGAACAGAAGGUAUUUUGGCUGCUUUUUUGAGUGGACAAUCGUUGGAACCAAAAAUUGCUUUUCCUCCAUCUCAAAAUCAAAAUCAAACAGCUUCAUUGACAGCAGAUCAACAACGUUUGCUUAUGAGAGGUACUAGAGGAGGGGGAGUGACAGGAGGAGGAGGAGAUUUGAAUUUGACAAAAAUUGGAGGAAUAACUCCAACAUCAACAACAACCCAAACAAAUAACAAUAAUUCAUCAUCUUUAUUAUUACCUCCCCCACCAUCUUCACUUAUUUCAAAUUCCUUAACAAAUGCAACAACAAAUUUACAAAUGAAUCCAGUUGAACAAGAAUUUUUAAUGAGACAAAUUAGAUUAGCACAACAACAAUUAAAUAGUGGAAAUGCUUCAAAUUUAAAAUUGUUGGAAAAUAAUAGUGUUGUUAGUAGUAGUUGUGGUGGUGGUGAAAAUGUUGCUAAUAAAUCUAGGCAAAUUCAAUGA